CGAAGUUUGUUCUAGGAGCUCCAAGAGCUAGCGUUUCACCCCCCUUCACUCCACCUCCAAUUUAUCCUCCCUUUCUCUUUCCAAAUCUCAAAAUUCACUCUUCCCCUCUCUCCGGUUUGCUGCCCUCUUCGGGAUUGUGAUUUCAGACCGGAACCGGAAGUGUAGUGGGAGGAGCCCGGCAGCGGAAAACCCUGCGGAGCUGGAGCCGGGACGCUGCUGUGGCUGCAGUCCCGUCCGUCGCCACGGAUUGCCGGGUGUCUGGCCUGCACGGCUCCAGGCUGAAGGUAGGCCCGGAGGCGGGUGAGCGCGGGUCUCACCCGGAUUGUCCGGGCGGCACUGUCCCCGGGCCUCCCGGGCGCCGCGAGGGAUCAUGUCUACAGCCUCCGCAGCCUCCUCCUCUUCCUCGUCUUCGGCCAGUGAGAUGAUCGAAGCCCCUUCCCAGGUCCUUAACUUUGAAGAAAUCGAUUACAAGGAGAUCGAGGUGGAAGAGGUUGUUGGAAGAGGAGCCUUUGGAGUUGUUUGCAAAGCAAAGUGGAGAGCAAAAGAUGUUGCUAUUAAGCAAAUAGAAAGUGAAUCUGAGAGGAAAGCUUUUAUUGUAGAGCUUCGGCAGUUGUCCCGUGUGAACCAUCCUAAUAUUGUAAAGUUGUAUGGAGCUUGCUUGAAUCCAGUGUGUCUUGUGAUGGAAUAUGCUGAAGGGGGCUCUUUAUAUAAUGUGCUGCAUGGUGCCGAACCAUUGCCAUACUACACUGCUGCCCACGCAAUGAGUUGGUGUUUACAGUGUUCCCAAGGAGUGGCUUAUCUACAUAGCAUGCAACCCAAAGCUCUAAUUCACAGGGACCUGAAACCACCAAAUCUGCUGCUCGUUGCAGGGGGGACAGUUCUAAAAAUCUGUGAUUUUGGUACAGCCUGUGACAUUCAGACACAUAUGACCAAUAACAAGGGGAGUGCUGCUUGGAUGGCACCUGAAGUUUUUGAAGGUAGCAAUUACAGUGAAAAAUGUGAUGUCUUCAGCUGGGGUAUUAUCCUUUGGGAAGUAAUAACGCGUCGGAAACCUUUUGAUGAGAUUGGUGGCCCAGCUUUCCGAAUCAUGUGGGCUGUUCACAAUGGUACUAGACCACCACUGAUCAAAAAUUUACCUAAGCCCAUUGAGAGCCUGAUGACUCGUUGUUGGUCUAAAGAUCCUUCUCAGCGACCUUCAAUGGAGGAAAUUGUGAAAAUAAUGACUCACUUGAUGCGGUACUUUCCAGGAGCAGAUGAGCCAUUACAAUAUCCUUGUCAGUAUUCAGAUGAAGGACAGAGCAACUCUGCCACCAGUACAGGCUCAUUCAUGGACAUUGCCUCUACAAAUACCAGUAAUAAAAGUGACACUAAUAUGGAGCAAGUCUCUGCUACAAAUGAUACUAUCAAACGCUUAGAAUCAAAAUUGUUGAAAAAUCAGGCAAAACAACAGAGUGAAUCGGGCCGUCUAAGUCUGGGAGCCUCCCGAGGCAGCAGUGUGGAGAGCCUGCCCCCAACCUCUGAGGGCAAGAGGAUGAGUGCGGACAUGUCAGAAAUAGAAGCCAGAAUCGCGGCAACCACAGCCUAUUCCAAGCCUAAACGGGGCCACCGUAAAACCGCUUCAUUUGGCAACAUUCUGGAUGUCCCUGAGAUCGUCAUACCAGGCAAUGGGCAACCAAGACGUAGAUCCAUCCAAGACUUGACUGUUACUGGAACAGAACCUGGUCAGGUGAGCAGUAGGUCAUCCAGUCCUAGUGUCAGAAUGAUCACUACCUCAGGACCAACCUCAGAAAAGCCAACCCGAAGUCAUCCAUGGACUCCUGAUGAUUCCACAGAUACCAAUGGAUCAGAUAACUCUAUCCCAAUGGCUUAUCUUACACUGGAUCACCAACUACAGCCUCUAGCACCAUGCCCAAACUCCAAAGAGUCCAUGGCAGUGUUUGAACAGCACUGUAAAAUGGCACAAGAAUAUAUGAAAGUUCAAACAGAAAUUGCAUUGUUAUUACAGCGAAAGCAAGAACUAGUUGCAGAAUUGGACCAGGAUGAAAAGGACCAGCAAAAUACAUCUCGUCUGGUACAGGAACAUAAAAAGCUUUUAGAUGAAAACAAAAGCCUUUCUACUUACUACCAACAAUGCAAAAAACAACUAGAUGUCAUCAGAAGUCAACAGCAAAAACGGCAAGGCACUUCAUGAUUCUCUGGGACCGUCACAUUUUAGCAAACGUGAAGAAAGACUUUUUUUUUAAGAAAAGAAAAACCUUUAUGACAACUCAUUGAGUGUUAGCUUUUUUUGGCAUGUUCUGAAUGCCACCUGCCUGUUUUUGCUGCAUUUGUUCCGUCAUUUAUUUUCUUCUCAUGGUGGAUCUGCAGAUCCAAUGUCUUAUUGCAUAUGAUGAGAUCUGUGACUUGGAUGAACAGCACUUCUCGACUUCAAAACAUGCGGUGGACUGCGGCUGUAAAUGCAUGCUCAUUGUGUGAAGGCUAGCCUAACAUAACGCAGGGUAUCAAACUAGCUGCUAUGUGCAAACAUCUUUUUUCCCAUACUAGAGGUGGAACCUCAAGAAUGACUUUGUUCUUGUAUCUCAUCUCAAAAAAACUAAUAUUUUUUUCCCAAAAGAUGGUAUAUACCAAGUUAAAGACAGGGUAUUAUAAAUCUAGCAUAAUUGGUAGUAUAUUACAGGCACACAGAAUCUUUAGUGUUAGUUCAAAGUGAGGGCUUUGAUGCCAGCACAUCCUUGGAUCAGAACUGAACUUAGUUCCAUCUGUAAAAUAUUUAAAGAUAAGUGGUGGCUGCUGUAUUUAACAAGAGCAAUUUUACCACUUUUCAGUAGAGUAAAAAUUGUUGAGUAAAUGGAGUGCUCUCUCUCUCUUUCUCUUUUUUUUUUAAUUUUGUUCAUAUUGGGAGAUUGAACCCAGGGCCUUCGCACUGAGCUACAUCUCAAGCUUUUGUUUUUUUUUAAACAAGGCCUGAAUAAGUUUCCUAGGCUGGUCCCAAAUUGCAAUUCUGCUUCCUCAACCUCCCAGACUGUUGGAAUUCUAGGUGUAUACUACCACAUCACAGUUUGGAGCUCUUUUUUCUUUUCUUUCUUUCUUUUUUUUUUUUGUAAGGCAUAAAUAUUUUUAAUUUUGUAUGUGUAUUAGAACUGUAAGCCUUUUAUGACUCUAAUGUUAGUAUCUCUUAAAUGAAAUUAAAAGGCAGAGGAACAUGAUCUAACUUGAAAUGAUCAUUCCUUCCUGCAAUGAUUAUUGGAUUGACCAUAUAUUAAAAAAGAAAAAAAACUAAAGAGAAAUAAUGGAAAAUGGAAGUACUCCAGCUAAAAGGCUUGGUCUUAGAUUUCUUUUUAUGCUAUCAAAUGAAGAAUAAACCAGGCAAAUCAGAAGGAAUUAGUAAAGCUAAAGGAGUAAAAAUAAAUAUCCUGCUUGCCCUUGAUAUUGGAAUAACUGAUUUCCUUGUGAGCCCCUUCUGAAAUGCCUGCUGCCUUUCAACACUUUUAAGAGAAUUCAACACUUAUAAAGAGAAUAUUUAUAUUGUUAAUGAUAACUUUGUUACCAACCUUCAAAAUAACUUAAUAAUGUCAUUGAAAUAAUAAACUACACAGAUCUAUUUUUUCAGUUGGUAUUAAAAUAAGUCAUAUUUUGAUACCAGUAAAGGGGUGUAUUUUAAAUAAGGAUGUCAUCAGUCUCAUUUUUAUAGCAUUAAUGUUUUAUGAAGAGAAAAUUAAAAAUGAAAAUAUAAUUCCUCUGAUUAUUGGAAUGCUGUCAUGAUUGUAUUGUAGUUUUUGCUCUGUUUCAGAUAAGGAAGUUGAUCUAAGAAGUUACCAAAACUAUGCUUAAAAAUGCUAAAGUAGGUAACUUUUUCUUUCAUUAUUUUUUUUCCUCCCAUUGAGUUUUAUAAUGAAUUCCCUUGUGUAUACAAGCAAUAAAGGUAAAGGACAGUUUGUAUUAAA